CGCCCACUGAAUAGGCUCUAUGAGCUACACAGUGACAGUCAGCUCUCCGUCUGAAUACCUGCAGUGUCGUAGGGGCUCACGGGGACAUUAUGCUGCUUUAGCUCCACCAGACGCCUCCGAUUUAUCGCGUAUAGAUGUGGGUUGUGCCAGAGUCUGACAUUUUCACGAUGGGAUUGUGGUCAAUCAGCAUUGGAGCUCUUAGUGCAGCAGUGGCUGGGAUCAUUCUGGCCAACACAGACUAUUUCCUGCCUACGACGGAAAAGGCUAACUUGGAAUAUUUAGAAGACGCGGAGCUGAAGUCUAUAGAAGAUGAGUCAAAGAAGUGCAAAGCAAAAGACCUCUGGGAAAAGAAUGGAGCAGUGAUAAUGGCAGUGCGUAGGCCUGGAUGUUUUCUAUGCAGAGAGGAGGCCUCAGAGCUGUCUCAACUUAAGCCUGAGCUUGACCAGCUAGGAGUGCCACUCUAUGGUGUGGUGAAGGAGAAGAUUGGGACUGAAAUCGAAGCGUUCCAACCUUACUUUAAAGGAGACCUUUUUCUUGAUGAAAAGAAACGCUUUUAUGGACCCCAGAAAAGGAAAAUGAUGUACCUGGGAUUCAUACGUUUGGGAGUAUGGCAGAAUUUCCGCCGAGCCUGGAAAGCAGGCUAUGAUGGAAACCUUGAAGGAGAAGGCUUUAUUCUCGGUGGGGUCUUUGUGAUUGGCUCUGGAAACCAGGGAAUUCUUCUUGAGCAUCGUGAGAAGGAAUUUGGAGAUAAAGCAAAUUUGACGGCUGUUCUUGAAGCUGCUAAAAAAAUAAAGAGGAAGAAUGAAGUCCAUUAAAGUUGCAGAUAGUUUUCCACAUAAAGUAGUGUGUCGGCAUAUUACAAUUAAUAUGAGAUUCUAUGGGUGAUAUUCAUUUUUAGCUGUUAAAUGGAGCUUAUUUAUUGUUCUGAUGAUGGAAGCAAUGUUGGGGUUUUAGCCAUGAUUGUGCAUAAGACAAACUGAGGGAUGCAAAGUGCAAAGGAAAAGAAGAGGAGUUGAUGGUAACAAUCAAUUUGAUUGCCUCUUUCAUUUUCAGAAGGAGCACUGAAGUUGGAAUCUGGCUUCUCUAGGCAGCUGCUCUACUUUUCCAUUGCACAGCAUUUUAAAGGGGUUUUCCCAUCUCAGACAAUGGGGACAUAUCGCUAGGAUAUGAAUACUUUGUCUGAUAGGUGUGGGUCCCACCUCUAGGACCCACACCUAUCUCGUAAACACAGCCGGUAAAGUGAGGGAGGGUGCACCGCGCAUGCGCAGCUGCCCUCCAUUCAUUUCUAUGGGGCUGCCGAAAAUAGACGAGCGCUGACUCGGCUAUUUCAGUCGACCCCAUAGAAGUGAAUGGAAGCGGUAGCCACACAAGAGCAGUGCACUCCCAUUCAUUUCUAUGGGGGAUGCCGAAAGAAGCCAAGCAUGCUGCUCGUCUAUUUUCAGCAGGCCAAUAGGAAAGCUUGGCGUUGGCCAGACCCAGCACUGCCAGCCACCACUUUGCCGGCUUUGUUUUCAGUUCAUUUACAAGAUAGGUUUGGGUCCCACCACUGGGAACCGCACCUAUCAGACAAUGGGGGAAUAUUCUGACGAUAUGUCCCCAUUGUCUGAGAUGGGAAUAUCCCUUUAAUAAACCUGUCUACAAAUACUUCCAGCUUAUAUCUUCCUUUUCCCUGUCCCUACAGUGUUGUCUUAGUUUUGAACACAAUAUGUGGUUCAAUUUUUUUUGUUUAUUAAUUCUACUUCAUUUUGAACAGUUUGGUUAAUAUUUCUAUGCAAUUAUUUGUUUCUAAUAUCACUUCAGAUACAAUAAAGAUUUUUACCUCUUUUUA